UAAUCGAUAACCAAUAGCAAACAGCUGUUCGGUUGUUGACUGUUUUGCUAAAUAAAAACAAAUAGCAAAAAUGGCUUUUUGUAUUGCGGUAAUAGGAAAAGAUAAUGCUCCCCUUUAUCUGGCCACCUCUGAUAUGGAGCAGGAGCUUCAACUGCAGUACCAUGUCCACGCCGCCUUAGAUGUCGUUGAAGAAAAGUGUUUACUUGGCAAAGGAGCACCAGAAUCAAAAGAACUCUAUUUGGGUCUUCUCUACUCUACAGAAAAUCAUAAAAUUUAUGGCUUUGUGACCAAUUCCCGAGUGAAAUUUAUUGUGGUCAUUGAUUCAACCAAUGUGGCAUUGAGAGAGAACGAAGUUAGGGCUAUCUUUCGUAAUCUACAAGUGCUUUAUACAGAUGCUGUUUGUAAUCCUUUCUAUAUACCUGGAGAAUCAUUAACAUCCAAGAAAUUUGAUCGUUCAGUACAAAAAUUAAUGAAUGGCAAUGCUUAGCUUAUAAUGUACCUAUAAUAAAAGAUAUAUGUAAAUCUAAAAUUAAACACUAUUUUCUUUGA